GCUCACGGAGGUCACCCAAAACGACAACCCUUUCUCUACAGCUGAGCAUGUCGGAUUCAGAAGAGGAGAUGGCAGGUGAAGAUAUCUGCUGCCUGCUGCCCAGUGAGGAAGACUCCUCUGAUGAAGAACUGAGAUAUAUCACAGAUUCAGAAGAAAAGAAGAGCACAUCUUCCUCUCCCUGUCCCACCACGAACCCUUCUGCAGAACUUCACUUCACUUUCCCAAGCUGCUCAAAAUCGGAACACGAGCACACAGAACUGGGCCUGUUUACAGAAGCUUCUCAGGCACUUUGUUCUGUAUCCCAGCGACAGCACAUCCAUCUGGGUCAUGACCAGGGUCUGGAGGGGUUCCUCACCCUGGGACUGAAGCCUGAACCCCUGAAGUCCAGCUUAACUCUAGCUCAGACCCCUAGAGAAGGACAAAACCACAGAGAGUUUUCUCUAGCUGUAGGUGAGCAAUUCUGGAGACCGAGCAGCAGUCUUUACCAUCAUGCAGAUGAAGAGCUGGUCACUGCGAUGGUGCACAGUCGACCAAUCAGGAGCACCCCUCCUGCGGUCACACCAUGCUAUGGCACAAUGUCAUCACAGAGGCUGUGUUUCUCAAGCACUUUAAGCAGAAGUCCCCCGAGCCCCUCUCGCGUCCCGAGUGCUGGAAGUUAUCGUCCCAGGUCGUUUUGCCGGCCACUAUCUUAUGCUGCCCAGGAGAUCAGUGAGAUCCAGACGGUGGAGCAGCCUGAACCUGUGAACAUUGAUGAGGAUGAGGAGGAUUGUCUGGCUCUGGCGUGCCUGGAGGAAGAGUUCAGAAAUAUGAGCAUUACACCAUUUGACCAGGGUGAGGACUGACACAAGAGCCAGAAGGAUUAGUCUGCACUGCAGUGACAUCAGUUAUUUUGAUUAAACAUUGUAUAGUCCACAUAGUUUAAGAUAAUUUGUUAAUAAAUUAAAGGAAUAUUCAGGGUUUAAUACAAGUUUAGCAUUUGUGGCAUAAUGUUGAUUACCACAGAAAAUCGACUCGACCCUCCUUUUCUUUAAAAAAAAAAAAAAAGAAUAUUUCUUUAAUAACUUUGAAGAUCUAGAUGUUUAGAAGGACUAUAAAACAACUACAAUCCAUUUAUAUACAUUAACAGCCUUUACUGGUGCAGGAGGUCUUUCAAUAAUACCUCAGAGCAUAUCAUUUUUUUUAAAUGCGGUUCA